AUGAUAAAACCAUUACGAUACAAUCUCGGAAAAAUUUACGAUGCUUUAAUGCAAAUAUUUGAGGAUCCAAGAUUACAAACUACAUCAGUAGGAAAUUCUUCCCGAAAUGAGGCUAAAGGGCUUGCAAAUUCUAUUUGCAUAUUCAAGUUCAUGGUUGCCCUUGUUUCAUGGUACGACAUUCUUUUUGAAGUUAAUAUUUCUAAUAAAAUAUUACAAAAUAAGAAAGUUGAUUUGAAUGUAGCUACACAACAAUUAAAUAUUACUAAAAACAAACUUGUAAAAAUGAGAAACGAUGAAGGCUUUCAAAGAAUUAUUGUUGAUGCUGCUGAAAUUGCAAAAGAAUUGGAAACAGUAACAAAUUUUGAAGAAAAACAUUUCGGGAGAAGGAGAAAAAAGCGACAGUUUGAUUAUGAAACACAAGAUGAAGCGUUGCAAGAUCCAAAAGAAAAAUUUAAAGUUGAAUUUUAUUUUAAAAUUUUAGACACUGCUAUACAGUCUAUUGCGGAAAGGUUUGAACAAAUGCGACAGUAUAAUAGUAUGUUUGGCUUCCUUCAUGAUAAUUAUUCUAUAAGUUCAAAAUCUUCAGCAGCAUUAUUGAAAAAUUGUAGAAAUCUAGAAGAAAUUUUAACUCAUGGUUCUCAAAAAGAUAUUAGUGCAGCGGAUCUUUGUAAUGAAAUCAACGUACUUUCUGGAAGACUCCCACAACAAAUGACACCACAUGAAGUACUAACUUUUAUAGUUGAACAACGUUUAAUUGACUGUCUACCAAAUAUAUGUAUUUCUUUAAGAAUACUAUUAACACUUCCAGUGUCCGUUGCAAGUGGCGAGCAAAAUUAUUACUUAUUAUUACUUCUUGAGAUAAGCUAG